AUGGCUCUACGAAGCAUCAUCAAAGAAAUUGUCAUCACCCCUGUGGCCUUCCAUGACAUGCCCCUGCUGAACAGCGUGGGUGUACAUGAGCCAUAUGCUUUGCGUAGCAUCAUUGAGAUCGUCACAGAAGACUCGUAUGGUCUUGGUGAAUCAUAUGGAGACUCAGCACAUCUAGACCGUUUGCAAAAAGCAGCGGACAAGAUCAGGGGUCUCUCUAUCUACAGCACAAAUAUCAUCUAUCAGAAAUGUGUUGAGUCACUGAAGACAGAUACCAAUAUUGGUGGAGAUGGCAUGGGAGGCAUGGUAACUACAGCUUCAGUCGCUGACAAGGUCUUCUCGCCGUUCGAAGUCGCAUGUCUUGACUUGCAAGGCAAACUGGCCGGGAUAUCUGUCAGCGACCUUCUCGGUGGACGGGUGAGAGACCAAGUCCAAUACUCAGCCUACCUCUUCUACAAAUGGGGCGGACACCCUGGUGAUGAAGACGACGAAUACGGCCCUGCGCUAGACCCUCGAGGAGUGGUGAAGCAAGCCAAGAAGAUCAUUGACGAGUAUGGCUUCAAGGCCAUCAAGCUCAAGGGGGGUGUUUUUCCUCCUGCAGAGGAAGUCGCUGCGAUCAAAGCUCUACAUGAAGCCUUUCCUGAUCUGCCGCUGAGACUUGAUCCAAACGCGGCUUGGACUGUUGAGACUUCAAAGUGGGUUGCUAAGGAGCUCGAUGGUAUUGUUGAGUACUUGGAAGAUCCAGCUGGGGAGAUUGAGGGAAUGGCUGCUGUUGCCAAAGAGGCAUCGAUGCCCCUAGCUACCAACAUGGCAGUCGUUGCUUUCGAUCAUCUCCCACCAUCAAUUCUUCAAAACGCCGUGCAAGUCAUCUUGUCCGAUCAUCACUUCUGGGGAGGUCUUCGCAAGUCACAAACACUAGCAUCCAUAUGCGCAACUUGGGGUCUGCGACUCUCAAUGCAUUCCAACAGCCACUUGGGCAUCUCACUCGCCGCUAUGACGCAUCUUGCCUCCGCAACACCAAAUCUGGAUUAUGCUUGCGACACCCACUGGCCUUGGAAGCGCCGAGAUGAAGAUGUUGUUGUUGACGGCGCGCUGAAGUGGAAGGAUGGUGGUGUUGUAGUGCCGACUGUGCCAGGUCUAGGUGUCGAGCUUGAUAGAGAGAGGUUGGCAAAGCUUCAUCAACAGUACCUGGACUGUGGGUUGAAGAAGCGUGACGAUACUACAUAUAUGAAGAGGUUCCAGCCAGAUUUCUCUGAAAAGAUCCCUCGAUGGUAG